GUUUCGCAGCAGUUCGAGAGGUUCAAGGCGGCGUUUACAAGGAAGGAUUUCGAUACCUGCACUAAUCUCUUGUCGCAGCUCAAGGUUCUUCUUACCAAGUUCACAAGUCUUGCGCCUUUGUUUGAGAAUACCCCCAAUGCAGCUCACGAGCUGACCAUUGCCAGGGAUAUCUAUGAGCAUGCUGUUGUUCUGAGCGUUAAAACUGAGGACCAAGACUCUUUCGAGAGAGACUUCUUCCAGUUGAAACCGUAUUAUGUCGAUGCCAGGAGCCGUAUUCCGCCAUCUCCGCAGGAGAAUCUCAUCCUGGGCCUGAACCUUCUGAGGCUGCUCGUCCAAAACAGAAUCGCCGAAUUCCACACGGAACUCGAGCUGCUACCAUCUGCAACCUUGGAGAACCCUUGCAUCAAGCACGCCGUGGAGCCCGAGCAAUCCUUCAUGGAAGGUGCAUACAACCGCGUCUUGACUGCUAGACAGACCGCACCUGAUGAAACUUACGUCUACUUCAUGGAUCUCUUGGCCAAGACCAUAAGAGAUGAAGUGGCCGGAUGCAGCGAGAAAGCAUAUGAUCACCUCUCAAUCAGCGAGGCUCGUAAGAUGCUGCUCUUCUCCUCUGAUCAACAACUCUUGACCUAUGUCAGUGAGGAGCACCCG